AUUGGGGUCGGGUCCUCCCCAGAGAGAGGCGAGAGGAGCUCACUGCCUCUCAGGCCCUCACAAUCACACCUGUCACAGGUACACACGCUGCCACUCACAAGCACACGCUUGCACUGCCAUACCGCCACUCACAAUCAGCCAGACACUGCUGCACCUGACAGCAGGUGGCCGCUGGCUCCUCUCCCUUCACUCUCCACACCGGGGAUCAGGUCCGGCUCCUGCUGCACCAGACAGGCCUUGCUGGGCAAGUGCCCCUGACAUCUGAGGAGGUGGCUUCCGAGCUGCAGCAUCCCAAGCAGGCUCCGGUGGAGCGAUCAGAGGUGAGGGGCUUGGCUGGGCAUGUUUAAGCGCACCGCGCUCUCCUGCCCACCCCCAGCAGCACCCCCACUGCAGGCCCGAGGAGCUUUCCGGAGCUUCCCACACUUCUGGGGAGAAGACUUCUUAGCCAGCUUGAUGUUUAAAAUUCAGCUGGAGCCCUUAAAACUUCGAGCGUGGACGCUGAAUGGGUUUGUAAAGUUUCGAAACAAGGAGACCAGUGCUGGUCCAGUGGCUGUGAUGGGAAAAGAUUAUUACAAGAUUCUUGGGAUCCCGUCGGGGGCCAACGAGGAUGAGAUCAAGAAAGCCUAUCGGAAGAUGGCCUUGAAGUACCACCCAGACAAGAACAAAGAACCCAACGCUGAGGAGAAAUUUAAGGAGAUUGCAGAGGCAUAUGAUGUGCUGAGUGAUCCCAAGAAGCGGGGCCUGUAUGACCAGUACGGAGAGGAAGGCCUGAAGACCGGCGGUGGGACGUCAGGUGGUUCCAGUGGCUCCUUUCACUACACCUUCCAUGGGGACCCCCAUGCUACAUUCGCCUCCUUCUUUGGUGGCUCCAACCCCUUCGAUAUCUUCUUUGCCAGCAGCCGUUCCACUCGGCCCUUCAGUGGCUUUGACCCAGAUGACAUGGAUGUGGAUGAAGAUGAGGACCCAUUUGGCGCCUUUGGCCGCUUUGGCUUCAAUGGGCUGAGUAGGGGGCCCAGGAGAGCCCCAGAACCACUGUACCCUCGGCGCAAGGUACAGGACCCCCCUGUGGUGCACGAGCUGCGGGUGUCCCUGGAGGAGAUCUACCACGGCUCCACCAAGCGCAUGAAGAUCACGAGGCGGCGUCUCAACCCUGAUGGGCGAACUGUACGCACAGAGGACAAGAUCCUGCACAUUGUUAUCAAGCGUGGCUGGAAGGAAGGCACCAAGAUCACCUUCCCCAAAGAGGGCGAUGCCACACCUGACAACAUCCCUGCUGAUAUCGUCUUUGUGCUCAAAGACAAGCCGCAUGCACACUUCCGCCGAGAUGGCACCAAUGUGCUCUACAGUGCCCUGAUCAGCCUCAAGGAGGCGCUGUGUGGCUGCACCGUGAACAUUCCCACCAUUGACGGCCGAGUGAUCCCUUUGCCCUGCAAUGACGUCAUCAAGCCAGGCACCGUGAAGAGACUCCGUGGGGAGGGCCUUCCCUUCCCCAAGGUGCCCACUCAGCGGGGAGACCUCAUUGUCGAGUUCAAAGUUCGUUUCCCAGACAGAUUAACACCACAAACACGACAAAUCCUUAAGCAACACCUACCCUGUUCCUAGGCUCUGCCCCAGCCAGUCCAGAGUCUACCACAGCAAUACCCCCCACACUCACCCCACCCAAUGUGCACCCAGCUUGAUGUGCACUGGACACUGGCAACUUUUUCUAAAAUGCAAAAAAAAAAAAAAAAAAGCCACUGGUUUUCAGGAAAAUAUUCCUGUCCCUGACCCCUUUCAGAGCUGGGCUGCCUGGGGGGAGUGGGAGGGAGGUGGGAAGAGCUAGCCCAGGCCAGGGGUCAAUUUUCAUGUCACUAGCUUUGAAUCCAGUUCCCACCCGGUGGCUAGAGGGUGACCUGAGUGCUACUUGAAGAUAUAGAGUUCCUUGUCCAUGCCUGUAAAUAGCAUGUCCUCCUUUCCCUGUCAGCUUUGCUAAUAUCUUUCCUCUCCCAUCCCUUUGGCUUCUUCCUGUUGGGGGAGGAAGAGGAUAGAAAGGACAUUGCUUUCCCACCCCCACCCCAGGUCCACAGUGUCCAAGGUUAUUGCACACAUAUUCACACACACACAAAGCACUCACCUAGAGCUGCCUAUGCCUCUCUGGGAGAGAGGAGAGGAGAUGGGAAGGGAAGAUCUACAACCUGUAGAACAGGGACAUUGAGCACGAGACACUUUUCAUCUGAGGCAGAGCAGUGAACCAACGCUCAGCAGCCUCCCUGACAGCUGCCUUGUGUACAGCCUGCAGAGCUGGAGGCUCUGUCCUCCCUCUCAGCAGUGUUCAGGGUAGUGGGAGGGGAAGGGGGACCUGAGGUAUUAAGGCUAAGAGGUGGGGGGGGCAGGACCCAUCUCCCAGCCUUCAUCAGGAAGGGAAGGAGCUUUGGGGUCAGGUGGCAGCUAUUCUCCACCAAGAGACUCAGGGUCACAGGUUUCUCCCCACACCUCUGAACUCAGGGUCUAGCCACCUGCAAACUUCCAAAUCCUACUUUUGUGAUAUGUGAAGCUACUUAUUUCUUACCCUUCUUGAGGCUGCUUGGGAAAUUUCCAGCCCUUUUAUGCCUGUGUGCCCCCAUCCCACUCCCACAGUUGUACAAAGGUCAAAUAGUGAAGGAGCUGGGGGAAGACUGCUUCAGCCAGUCCUGGGGUGGGGGCUUUAGGUUUUCUCACUUUGACAAGCCCCUGAAUGUUUUUAUAGUAGUUUUUUGUAUUUUUUUGUAAUGACAGUAUUAUGUAAAAAAUAAAGUAUUUUAAAAAUAUGGCA